CCAUGGCCGCGCCGGGGGGCGGCGAGGGCCCCGCGCCGGGCCGGGGGGGCCGCGGGCUGCAGGGAGCCAUGAGGGCGGCGAGCGGCGCCCUGGGCAUGGACAGCGCCGGGCGGACCAGGGAGGCCUACGUGGAGUACCUGAGGAGCAUCACCCUGAUCGCCCAGGCCCUGCAGGAGGAGGCGGCAGGGACAGAGAACAGCGAGGGGGUCACCCCGGACACCCCGAAACUGCUGAAGCUGGCGGAGCAGUGCCUGGAGAGGGUCAAAUCCAUCGCAGCGGCGCUGGGGAAAGCCCAGGUGAAAGCGGCUGCACCGGAGCGGGGCGGGGGCCCCGCGCCUCUCCCCCGGCACCGCCGCGUCUGCUCGGACGAGGGGGGGAAGCUCUCGCCAUUCCUGCCCCCGGAGAUCUUCCAGAAGCUGCAGAUCGCUGAGGCACAGAGCGCACGCAAGGAGCUGACCCCGCUGGAGGAGGCCUCCCUGCAGAACCAGAAGCUGAAGGCGGCCUACGAGGCGCGGGUGGCGCGGCUGAACCCAAGCCAGGCCGUGCAGAAAACAUCCCUGACGCUGUCCCUGCAGCGGCAGAUGAUGGAGAACCUGGUGAUCGCCAAGGCCCGAGAGGAGACUCUGCAGCGCAAGAUGGAAGAGCGGCGGCUGCGGCUGCAGGAGGCGGCCAACCGGAGGUUCUCCAGCAGCGUGGCCCUCACCCCCGAGGAGCAGGAGCAGCGAGCACUCUACGCUGCCAUCCUCGAGUAUGAGCAGGACCAUGACUGGCCAAAGCAGUGGAAGGCGCAGCUGAAGCGGAGCCCGGCGGAUCUCUCCGUGGUGUCAGGGCUCUUCUCCUGCCUCCUGAGCUGCCCCGAGCACCCCAUCACGCAGCUGCUGCGGCGGCUGCAGUGCGCGGUGUACGCCCGGCUCUACCCCGCCGUCAGCCGCGGCCCCGCCGACGCCUCCCCCGCCUCCCCCUCGGGCCUGUCCUUCCUGUCGCUGGACGCGGGGGGCUCCUCGCUGCCCGCCGAGCCGGGGGGCCGCCGGCUCCGGGCGUCCCGCAGCCUGCACUGCAUGUUCUCCGUGCCCGAGCACGGCCCGGCCGCGCUGCGGCACAGCCAGUCCAGCACCCCCCUCGCCGACAGCGGCGCCCUGGGGCCCGCCGAGCCCCCCGAGCCCCCCCGGGAAAGCUCCUUCGAGGACCUGGAGCGGUUCCUGGCGUCCCCCGAGGGCUGGGGCCCCGCAGAGCCCCCGGCCAGCUCCGGACAGGACACGGCGCUGCCCGAGCUGCUGAAGGGCGUCGUGAGGGACAUCCACAACGCCAUCGACAGGCUGCUGGCUCUGACUCUGCUGGCCUUCGAGGGGCUCGGCAGCGCCGCCGGCAAGGACCAGUGCCUGGCCUGCCUGGAGGAGGCUUUCUUCCCCCCGCUGUGGGCCCCGCUCCUGGCCCUCUACAGGACCGUGCAGCAGCCCCGCGAGGCGGCCCUGGCGCGCAGCAUGGAGCGGCACCGGCGCGCCAGCCCCGCCGACAUGGGGCUGGCCUCGCGCCUCUUCCCGCCAGGCCAGCCCGCGUACGCCUCGGCCGUGCAGGACCUGCGCCUCAUCCCGCUGGAGACCUGUCCCCGCAGGAAGCUGGAGUGCAUCGUGCGGGCCCUGCGCGGCAUCUGCGAGUGUGCCGAGGAGUACUGCGGCACCCGGGACGCCCGGAGCCUCGCCACGGCCGCCAUCGGGGCAGACGACCUGCUGCCCAUCCUGUCCUACGUGGUGCUGCAGACGGGGCUGCCCCAGCUGCUCUCCGAGUGUGCCGCCCUGGAGGAGUUCAUCCAUGAGGGGAUGUGUGCAGGCUCGGCGCUGCGGCAGGAGCAGCGGCAGGACUACGGGCAGGAGUUCCGGCAGGAAUUCCACCAGGAGUACCGCCGCUCACUGGAGCGGGAGCUCGGCCCCGCCGGGACCUGCCCCGGCCCCGCCGUGGCGGAGCGGCUGCGGCAGCGGCUGCAGCAGGAGCCGGCGCUGCUGGAGGCCCUGCAGGAGGACGCCCUGGCACUGCUGGCCCGGGGGCUGCGGGACCACCCCGACCCCCAGCUGGCGCUGCGAGGCCUGGCCAGCGCCUUCCGGCUGCUGGAGCUGGCGGCCGUCAACCUCUACCUCUUCCCGUGGCGCCGGGAGUUCGGCACCAUCCCGACCUUCUCCGGCGCCUACGUGCACCUGCUGCGCCCGGCGCUCCCCGAAGCCGACCUGGUGCGGAGUUUGGGCCGACUGGGCUACGAGCGGCGGGACCAGCACCGCCUGGCCGUGGGCCAGCUGCCCCCGGGCCCCGCACUGAUCGGCGCCGCUGUCGGCUUCCUGGCCUGCCGCCUGGAGUGCGAGAUCCUGGCGGAGCUGGCGCCGCGGCUGCGGCGGCCCCGCGCCGAUGAGCUGCUGGAGGCGCGGCACCGGGCCGGGGGCACCGAGGGCUGCCCGGAGAUGCUGCAGGAGCUGGGGACGCAGCGCGGGGCGGCUGCCGACUGCGGUGACGACGUGGAUCUCUACCGGGAGAGCCCAGACAGCCCUGAGGACACGGGGAGCAAGGACACGGCCCCACCAGCGCUGUGGAGGGACCCUCAGGAUGUGCCCGCGAGGGGCUGGGGACGCUGCGACAGCACGCUUGGGCCAGAGCCUGCGGGCAGCGCUGAUCCGGACACCUCUCACCUCCUCCCGGAGCGGGAGAUGGCGGGGCCCGGCAGAAGUCCCCAGGUGCUGGCGGAGCCUCGGGAUUCCCUCCAAGCCACGCCGGAGCUGCCCUGCUACCAGCUGCACUCGUGCCUGCACCGGGGCAUGCUGCCCUCGUACUGCUGCAGCACCUGCCGGCAGCUGCACGGCGGCAGCUGCGCCGUGGGACGCGCCUGCCGCGGCCGGCACCGCGGCCAGGAGCUGCGCGGGGAGCGGCAGCAGCGCCUCUGGCUGCAGCGCACGGAGCUGGACAUGCUGCUGGCCAAGGGCUCUGCGCCCCGCUCCUGACACGCCUGCUGCCCCUGGGGAGGGGAGGGCACGGCCGCUGCUUGGCACAAGGACCCGGACUCGUCAGCCCCCAAGACAGCGGUGGCCAGGCCCUGCCCCAGCCCGGGCACUGCUGCUGUAAAUUAUUCAGUGCAUCAGUAAAGUGGCUGCCUCAGCA